AAAAAAAGGAUGUGUGCCGAGCCGAGGGGUGGCAGGGAGUGUGCGGCAAAACAUUCUCUGUCUCUCCUCUCGCGCAGAACACUCCAGGUGGUGGCGGAGAAGGUUCUGUCCGGCGGCCUCCCCUCACCCCUUACCCCUCGUUCCUCCCCAGUGUCCCCUCACCCUGCGCGGCCGUCCCUUCCCCCCUGUAGCGCUGGCCGGGUCUGUGUUUCCCAGCAGUGGUCAGGCCUCAUCAAACGCCAUGAGUUGAAAGACUCGAAGCCAAAUUACGGAGACUCGGGCCAAUACAGUGCUAUAAAGACCCCGAAUCCACCGCCAUUGACCCCUACGACCAACAUGAAAAGCACCCUUACGACACAAUGGCUUAAGGUCGGUUCUACUUUGCCUCUCGUGUCUCCUCGCUGGUUCCUCGUAGACUGUACAAAUUAG